AUGCUAUUUGGUAUAUUGUUAAUAUAUGCUAAAACAUGUCUACGACCAUACCAUGUUGAAAGCACGACAUCUCGUCCGAUCUGUCAAGUUAAGCAACGUUGGGCCUGGUUAGUACUUGGAUCGGAGACGGCCUGGGAAUCCCAGGUAAUUGAAUGUUUCGGCCCAGAGUUUUCCACUGCUGUGGUUCGAAGUGAAAUUUUGGAAAAUUCACGAAGGUGUGGGAGAUUUUUACAUGGUACUUUAUAUGGCAAGCAAUAUCUGCAAAAGCCUAAUUAUCAUUUAAAAGUAUUAGGUGGUACAGAUGUUGAAGUGGGUGAACAUCCAUGGACUGUAGCUAUUUAUAUGAAGAGUAAUUAUUGUUGUGUUGGCACACUGAUUUCACGAAAGCAUGUUAUAACAGCUGCACAUUGCUUUUUUAGAGAAAAUGUUAAGCCAACCAUCGGACGAUGCAAAACAAAUCAUGCAAUCACUGAGGAAGAAGCUUUAAAAUACACUGAAAUAAGAUAUGGAUCAAGAUGCCUAAAACAAAGCCGAACAAACAAUUGUUUUAAUUCAUUAGAAAUGAAAGGAAUUGGAAUUGUAAGAGCUCAAUAUGGACGUUUCUUUCGACAAAAAUGCUUCGGAGGUGAUAUUGCAUUAUUGGAAUUGGCAUAUGAAAUAAGCGAGAAAGAUGCAAAUUAUAUAUGUUUAGCAAAUAGAGUUUUGGGCGAGAAAUUUUACACUAUCCAAAGUACUGGAUGGGGAAAUAAUCCAAUUAUGAAACGUACGAUUAUGAAUACAUUGCAAAAAUUGGAAUUUCAUUAUUUGUUUGAUCGUGAUACGUGUAUGAAGAAAAUGGGUGGUUAUAAUAUAUCGAAUGAUGUUGUAUGUACCGAAGAAACACAUAACCGAAAUGUUUGUUUGGGUGAUAGUGGUGGUGGUCUAAUGGUGCAACUUCAUGAUGGACGUUGGCUGCUUCGUGGUAUAGUCUCAUACGGUACCUCUUGCAAUAAAUUAGUAGAGAAGAAGGCACAACCUUCAGCUCAAGUUUAUACAGAUAUUAAAAUGUAUGGUGGAGAGAUUGAUAGAUUCACUAAAUACUUCUUACCUUGGGAAUAUAUUUAA